CCUUUACGCUUUUAACGUUUUUAGACGGUACGUUUGUGUGAAGGAACUGUGUGUUUCCCCCAGCUGAUCCAUCCCGACAAAUAAAAGUGUUUGAUACAGAUCAUGAGCAAAGACUCCCAGAUGAGGGCUGCAAUUAACCAGAAGCUGAUAGAAAUGGGGGAACGGGAGCGGUUGAAGGAGUUGCUCAGAGCAAAGCUGGUGGAGUGCGGAUGGAAGGAUCAGCUGAAAGCACACUGCAAAGAUGUGAUCAAAGAAAAGGGUCUGGAGCACGUCACAGUGGAGGACCUGGUCACAGAAGUCACACCUAAAGGCAGAGCACUCGUACCGGACAGCGUGAAGAAAGAGCUGCUGCAGAGAAUCAGAGCCUUUUUAGCUCAACACGCUACCUUGUGAAUGGGACCACUUCAUCGUCUAGACUUUUUUUUUUUUUUUUUUUACUCACAAUUCAAAUCCAAAACUGAUGUUUGUUCUCAUUGUGAGCAAUGCUCAAGUGUUAUUUUUUUAUUUUGUAUUGUGUGUUUUCAUAUUGAUUUUAGUUUGUUGUGCAGAAGUUUUGGAAAAAAAGAACAAAACAAAUAAAGUCAUGCCU